AUGAAGACCAUUCCCAUGCCUCGACGGCUAAAACUCAUUCUUGCGCUUGCCUCGACGGCUGUAACAUUUGCCGCGGCGGAUACCACUGCCUUGGCACAAGGCCCGGACAGAAAACUCCGCACCGACGCCGAAGUCCAAGCGGCCAACGACGGGUACAUCGAUACGUUGAAAGCUGGCGAGUACAAGGACAGCAAAUUCUUCAAAUGUUUCCGCACGUCGGACCAAAUCUUUGAGUACGUGAAUAAAUUGACUAUCUACGCGUACAAACUGACCGACGGCGCGUCCAAGCCCAAGUCGUUGUACUUCCAAAGUCUGCUCCACGCCCGGGAAUGGGUCGCGGGGUCGUCCAAUUUGUAUGCGUUGGCUUCGAUCCUGGACGGCAUUGCCAACACGCAACAGACGGCGGCGGAGUUGUUCAACUUGUACUUUGUACCGAUCGUCAACAUUGACGGGUACGACAUCUCGUGGACGAAGGGCAAGCGGUUGCAGCGCAAGAAUGCCAACGAAGUCGACUUGAACCGCAACUGGCCGGCGCGCUUCGAUCAUCCCGAAAACGACAAAGACCCCACGAACGAAACUUACCAUGGCACGGGUGCGUUGAGCGAGCCGGAAACUACGGGUAUUGACGAGUGGCUCAAGAAGAAGAAGUCGUCGGUUGUGUGGACGUGCAUUCCUUCGCGGGGAAGAUCUUGCCAGACGGCGGGUUCCUUUGGAGUUGCGAUCGGGGCGUUCGACGACUACAUCUACCGCACGUACAAGAAGCCCGUCUUGACCAUCGAAGUGGCUGGUUCUAAGUUUGUCGUCCCCGCGUCGACCAUCCGUACCCGCGGCGAGGAAGUCUUCAAAGCGUUGACUCACAGUCAAUUUGCCGAUGAAGUUUUGACUUUCGAGGGCAACGAGGGUGGGAUUGUCUUUCCCGAAGAAUGA